GGGAGCAUCGCCGUUUCGAAAGAGCCGCGACCUUCUCCCCGUCGCGCGCGCGUUCCUGCGAAGCGGUGUCAGGGGGCGAGAAGUUCGCGCGAGAGGGGCCUCUCUGCACGGACCCCUAUCGCGACACGACAUGGUACCGCCGCAACUCCGACCCCGUAGUUGACGCGGACGUCGCUCUCCCGUGCGCAACCCCCGACCUCACCCGGACCGUUUUCGCGGACCGUUCUCCGGGAAAGAGAGAGAAACUCUCGCAGAGUGCGUGACGCGCGGGCCGUCUUCGUAGGAUUCGCGAGCCCGUGAUAGUGUGACAGCACAGUGAUAGCAGUCAGGUGGUGUAGCAGUGUUCCGCGAGCGUCGGUCGGAUGAUCGGAUCGGCGGGGUCUCGAGCGUCCAACGAGGGGCGUUCGAUCGCGAUUGCUGCGAGAUCUCGGAGAGCUGGAGAACGCGAGGCGUCGGGUGUCCCGGGAUCCCGCGGAAGCUUCGUGAGGGAAUAACCGAGCGACUGUUCAGCAAUAAUAAUAAAUACUCCACACUGCCCUGCACACCUGAGAAGUUCCGGAGGAAAGCUAAAUUCUCGUCCCCGUAGAGGACAGCGACGAGUGAUUGCGAGAGAGAUAUCGUCGAUCGUGAAGUGCGUUCAGUGCGAAAAGUCGUUCCGUCGCAGCCGUAUUCCGUCCCACGGUGCUCCGCUUCGCCGAGCGGAAAUUCCGCGCGAAGCUGCAGUCGUUAUUAAAGAGCACCGUUUCUCGUUCUCGCAUUUAAGAACCGUCACUACCAUACUCGACUGCCGUGCCUCCUUCCUCUCCUCCCCCCUUCCCUCUCGCUGGAGAACGGCCAGGGCAAGGUGCGAUAGGAGCAACACCGGUCCGAUCUACGCGGAUCCAACGGAUCAUCGGGGAGGGUCAGCCGAUGGAGGGUGCUAAAGUUAAAAGCCGCUCGUAAAGCGUGUCAUCUCUCGCGGGUGCCGCUAUGCUGUCGCGGUACGAACCGGGGCUCGUUUACCUGGAGCGCGACAGCGCAACGUUGAUGCAUUAUUGAAAAGCUGCGGAAAAAUCCGCGGAAAAUUCCCCCUGUGGAUCGAGAGGGAGAUCGAGAGUGCUCCACCAUAGACGUCGCGAGCGACAGCUGUAGAGGAGAGCUACAAAAGAAGGAGAGAAAGAGAGAGAGAGAGAGAGAAACUAAGCGAGAUCCCGUCGGAUUCUCUUCAUUUGUGAUCGGUGAAGCGCGCACCUUCACAGUCCGAAUCGCGGCUCGUCGCUCGCGCGAGAAAGAGAGAGAGAGAGAGAGGGAAAAAUCAGCCGAGUUCGGAAAUAUGCGGCGGGGUCGCGCGGGCGGGGAAAAUACACGGUGGAAUGAUCGAUGGAACGUCCGGUGCGUCGUGUAGAUUGCAUUAAUAACGAGUCGCGCCUAAUGCAUAUCGCGAGCGAUCCUACGGUCGCCGAUGUAGCGCGAGACCGGGCAUAGCACAGACGGAGCUUAGCGAGGCUUAGCGAGGCGCGAACGAGACGGGCUCCCCCCUCCCCCCGCGCAUCAAUCAAUAUGGAUCGCCCGGCAGUGUAAUUUCGGUCGGAAGAGUGAGUGAUAAGAGUGAUGCGGCGAUCGCUUGAGUGCUACGGUGAUAAGACCGACGCCCCGCGCCGAUAACGCGGGUGAAAGUUCAACGCGAGAUUAGCAGAGACCGUUGGCGCGCCGCGAUAUCGGACGCGCCGGGGGAAAAGAAAACAAGCCGGGCCGCGCGACAGUAGAUAGUCACUCGGCGUAACGAUUGAGCAACGUCGACGGACCGUUGACCCGUCGAAUCGGAGCGACUCGCCGGAUUGUAUAAUCCCUCCAAAAGCCCGGCGUCUCGGCUCGGCCGAUUCUCAGGGCGGCGCGUUUCCGCGUCGGUGGGCUCGUCGUAAUCCGUGAAUCGAGGCGAGAUCUGGCGUCCCCGUGGAAAUCGGUCCGCGAUUACGACGACCGAGUUGCUCGAGCAGUGACCGCGGCUCGAUUUAACGCGUUCUCGACGAGGGAGGACUAAUUAAGCGUGACGCUUCCUGGUCCGCGCGACGAAGUAUAAUAAGACAGGAUACGGCGCAUUCUCACGCACACAUACGCAUACACGUACACACGCGUAUAGUUGGUGCCGAGUGGCUGUGCAUGGAUCCACGGUGGCUCCGGGUGAUUCCGUCGGCACCGGUCGAGAGUACGUGGAAUGUCACGAUCGCGUCGACAGACGCGGAAUGUGCUAGUGCAUCCUCCCUCCUUCGGCAACUAGCGUCUCCUAAAAACGAUUGAGAUGCGCCCGAGAUAGUAUAUGUCAGUAUGUGAAUGAGCCACGCCGGGGAAAAGCGAUGUCUACUUCUCUUCCCACACUCGUCUGUUUUAUCAUUUGUUUUGGUGGUAUAGCGUCAUGCUUACGAAACUUUCGGACCGAUUUUCUGGAGGAAUGGCCGACGCCGGGCACCGGGCCCCACUUCGACACCUCCAUGCAAUCGAACUUCACCGGGUUGGUGGGGAAGACGGUGCAUCUCGUGUGCAAGGUGAAGAACUUGGGGAAUCGAACGGUUUCCUGGGUCAGGCAUCGGGACAUACAUCUGCUAACGGUUGGUCGUUACACCUACACCAGCGAUCAACGUUUCGAGGCACUACACUAUCCUCAUACGGAGGACUGGACCUUGAGGAUACGAUAUCCUCAGCGGAAGGACUCCGGGAUUUAUGAGUGCCAAAUAUCAACGACCCCGCCCAUCGGUCACCCCGUGUACCUAACCAUAGUCGAACCGGUAACCGUUAUAGUCGGAGGACCGGACCUCUUCGUCAAUAAGGGCAGCACCAUCAACCUGACGUGCAUCGUAAGAUUCGCUCCCGAACCACCCCCGAUGAUGGUUUGGAGUCAUAACAGUGAUGUUAUCAAUUUCGACUCGCCGCGCGGCGGCAUCAGUCUCGUCACGGAGAAAGGCCCCGAAACAACGAGUCGCUUGAUGAUCCAGAAAGCCGUGCCGAGCGAUUCCGGUCGGUACACGUGCGAGCCGAGCAACGCGAAUCCCAGUACAAUAAAGGUGCACGUUGUUAACGAGGAACAUCCAGCCGCGAUGCACCACGGGAACUCAAGAUCGUCGUACACCAAGGCAUGGCCGAUUUGUUUUAUAAUUUUAGUAAUAGCUAAUAUAAUGUUUAUGUAAGUACGAGAAGUACGGAAAAAAAAAGAGGAAACACUUUACCCCAACACGCAUGAUGAAACGGGAGGAGCGCGAUCACCGAGAGAGAGAAUCGCGAAUUGCCUACGUCUAAACGUCGUUAACGUUUCUUGGGUAAAUAUUUGUGCAGGGUAAAAACCAGAACAUUUACCGUUUACAUUAAAAGAAGCGUGUGGACGAAACGAAAAAAAAAAAAGAGAAAAAAGAAAAAAUAACGCGAGUGACGAAAGAGAAACGAAGAAACUUCCGUGACCAAAAGAGUUUUCAAAUAUCAGCACGGCACAAUAAUCGGUAAGAGCGUAGUAUUUUGUUAACAUAUAUCAUCAAGAACGAAUAACUUACGACGUCAAAAUUUAUUGUAUUAUUUGUAAAUAAAUUUAUUGUAUGUACAUAUCAAUAAUAAAACGAUUGUCUUU